AUGGACUGUGGCUUGCUUGUGUUCUGGCGCAGGCUUCAGAAAUUGGAAGAAAAGGGAGCGGCAGCAGGCAGCUACUUUAGAAAUUGGUGAGGACUAUCCAUUAUUUCAGUCCAUUUAUAGAGUGAAUGCAACAGAUGAGGACUUUGCAAAUGGUGAUAGGCUGACGUACACCAUUGAGACACAGUUAUCUGGACCUAAGAAAGGAGCAAACUCUUUUGGAGUGGAUCCUAUAAGUGGUGUUGUUAGCUUGAGAGGUGAAGAUUCCUUGGACUUUGAUGCUGGAUAUCAUGUUUUCCAGCUUGCACUGAGAGCAACAGAUACUACAGGUCUGUUCUGUCAAGGGACAUUAAUUAUCAUGAUUAGAGACCUAAAUGAUGAGAUGCCUCAAUUUGAGCCAUUUCCUUUGGAUUCUAUUAAUGUGACUGAAAAGAAACCUGUUGGAGAAAUUAUAGCAAGAGUAAAAGCAACAGAUCGGGAUAAAGAUAGCAGCAUCACUUACUCCUUUAAAACUCAGCAGGAAAUGUUUGGUUUGGACCCAUUCACAGGUAUAAUCACUCUUCUUCAGCCUUUGAAUCUUGACAACCCAAAUAACUCCCAAAUCUACUCUUUGGAAAUUGAGGCAAGAGAUAAUGGAAAUAAUACCAGCACCUACAUGUUUAUGGUUUUUGUGGAGAAUGUAGAUGAUCCCAUUUCCUGCGAUUCAAGUUUUUCAUCUGGAGCAGGUGUUUCAAUAUCUGUUCCUGAAAAUGUUCCUGCAUCUGCUUUUAUAUAUAUGAUUCUUUCGAGAGAUCCAGAUCUAGGACAAGAAGUUGAAUUUUUAAUAUUAAAAUCUUCAGUUAAUGCCACUGCCUACUUUACUUUGGAUUCACAUAAUGGUGUAAUUUCUAAAACAAUUGAACCUCUUUUGGACUAUGAAACAAAUCCUAAGCAUUUCCAGUUAGUGAUUGCUGUAAGAAAUAGACAAAACCUGUCUCUGGAGUCAUGCAUUGGCACCAUCACUAUCAACAUCCAGAAUGUUAAUGAUGAGAGUCCUGUUCUUAUAAACAUACCAGAUGCACCUAUAAAUAUUUAUGAAAAUCUGCCUGUUGGAACAAAGCUGGUCACGUUGAUAGCAACUGAUAGAGACAUCGGGGAUUUAGUACAUUAUGAAUUUAUAGGUACACAAAAAGAAUUUUCUAUAAAUGAAGAUUCAGGAGAGGUCACAGUUGUCUAUCCUUUGGAUUAUGAAGAUGUAGCAACCCCAAAUUCUUGGGUAUUAUACAUUAGAGUUUAUGACAAUGAACGAGUGCAUUCAACAACUGGGACACUCACAGUGAUUCUACAAGAUGUAAACGACAAUCCACCUAAAUGCUCGCAAGAUAUUUACACAAUUGAACUUCCUGAAAACAUCCCAGUUGAAACUCUUUUAGUCUCUCUAUCUUGUACAGAUAAGGAUGGAACUAGUCCCAAUAACAAUAUAACCUAUCAUUUGAUUAUGGAUACUUUUUCAAAAGAAACCUUUACCCUCACAAACAAUGAACUGAGAGUUGGACCUACACAUCUAGAUUUUGAUAAUGCUAUUUUUGCAGGAAUGUACUUCAAAUAUACAUUGUUUAUUAGAGUGUCUGAUGAAGGAAGUCCUGUAUCAUCAACAAUUAUUACAAUCAUCGUAAAAGUGAGUCGCAUAAAUGAACUGAAUCCAAUUGGAAGUGCAUCAGAAUUUACCUUCAGUACAUUUGAAAAUAGUCCAAUUGAUACACUAGUUGGAAAAGUUACAUUUACAGAUGCUGACUGGCCAUUUAAUAAUAUAAAAUAUACAAUUAUUGGAGGCAAUUUGGGAGCACCUCCCAAAUUUUACAUUGAACCAGAUACAGGAAUGAUAAAGUUAUUGGAUUCACUAGACAGGGAAACUGAAUCACAAUACAAGAUAAGUGUGAGAAUAACAGACUUGGACAACGAUGCCAUCCCUGACCCCCUGAGGCAGAGAACUAGUACUGCUCAGCUGACCAUCAAUGUUCUGAAUGUGAAUGAUGAGCCUCCUGUGUGCAAUCCACCACAUUUGGAAACUGGAAUUUAUUCUACUGUUAAGAUUCCUUUUAUUCAGCUCAACUGUUCAGACAAAGAUUCUCCACAGGAACAUCUGAGCUAUUCAAUUGUAGGAGGAAAUACAAAUAAUCAGUUCACACUUCAGAGACUAGGUGUUGAUCCUCCAUCUCUGGCCAUCACGCAGAAUUUCCAGUAUGAUGUAUUUCAAGGGAUUCAGGACCCUAUGACUUUCCAGCUACUUAUUGAAGUUGCUGACGAAUUAGGUGGGAAUAAAGCUAGUCAGCUGUCAACCACUACAACAGUCAUAAUUCAUGUGUUUCCCUGGACCACAACACAGCCAACUUCUUCCACAAAAAUGACUACAACUGCAUGCUCCUGCCUGUUCAAGACUGUUUCCCCAUUGUCACCAGCAUCAUCAGAGCCAACCGAGUCUCACAACCAAGGAGUCUGGGCAGGUACCAAGCUUAUUGAUUAGUGACCUCAAACCAAACAUGAAGCCAAACUUGCUGCCUGGAAAUUGUCAGUGACAGGAAUGCAAUAUCUAUUUGACAGUCAGACAGGGGAAGUCAAGAUGUUGAAUAAUGAAAAAAAGAAUGUGAUGCCAAUGGAAGACAUCUGACUUUAACCAGCAUAAAGGUCACCAUAUCUUCAUGUCACUUGCUUUCUUUGAAAAGGUCUUUUAAAAACACAACUUUUAAUGAUAAAACAAUCCAUUUUUUUCAACUAAGCUGGAUACUUUUGUG